AGCCGCCGUGGCGCCGCCUCCUGUCCCCCCCCGCCUCCCCACCCCCGUCUGAGGGCGGAGGCGUCGCGGCGGCCGGAGCCGGCGGAGCGGCCGCGGUUGCCGGGGGCAGUUGGCUGCGGGCCGUGCCGGUCGCCGUCCCCUUCUGCCUCGCCUCCCCUUCCCGCAGCGCGCUCGGGGGCACCCGGCGGAGAGAGAGAGAGGAGGGAAGGCGAGACGCACCGACCCGGCGGCGGCAUGAACCGGCCUCACCGCGGGGCUGCGGGCAGCCGGAGCCUGGGCACCAUGGAGGUGAAGAGUAAGUUCGGAGCAGAAUUUCGACGGUUUUCUCUGGAGAGGUCCAAACCUGGAAAGUUUGAGGAGUUCUAUGGAUUACUGCAGCAUGUGCACAAGAUACCAAAUGUUGAUGUGCUAGUGGGAUAUACGGACAUUCAUGGAGACCUGCUGCCCAUCAAUAAUGAUGACAAUUAUCAUAAAGCAGUUUCCACAGCCAAUCCUCUACUCAGGAUUUUCAUUCAGAGAAAAGAAGAUGCAGACUACAGUGCCUUUGGUACGGAUACUAUGACAAGGAAGAAAAAUGUCUUAUCAAAUGUGUUACGUCCGGAUAAUCACAAGAAGAAGCCACACAUUGUCAUUAGCAUGCCACAAGACUUCAGACCAGUGUCUUCUAUUAUAGAUGUUGAUAUUCUUCCAGAAACCCAUCGUAGAGUACGCCUUUACAAAUAUGGAACUGACAAACCCCUUGGAUUCUAUAUACGAGAUGGCUCUAGCGUCAGAGUAACACCACAUGGAUUAGAGAAAGUUCCAGGGAUUUUCAUAUCUAGGCUUGUUCCUGGAGGCCUGGCUCAAAGCACUGGCUUACUGGCUGUCAAUGAUGAAGUACUGGAGGUGAAUGGAAUAGAGGUUUCAGGAAAAAGCCUUGAUCAGGUUACAGACAUGAUGAUUGCGAACAGCCGUAACCUGAUCAUUACGGUAAGACCAGCAAACCAGAGAAAUAAUGUUGUGAGGAACAGUCGGACUUCUGGCAGCUCUGGUCAGUCUACUGAAUCUAGCCUUCCAAGUAGCACGCCAAAUAUUUUAGCGAAUUUCUUGCAAGGAGAAGAGGAGAGCGAUGAAGAGGACAUUAUUAUUGAAGACAGUGGUGAGCCACAGCAGAUUCCAAAAGCUGCACCUACCAGUGAAAGCCUUGAGUCCUUGACACAAAUUGAACUCCUUCAUGAGUCAACGCAAAAUGGAUUCCUUCCUUCCAGUGAGAUGAACUUGAAUCAUUCAGCAGGCAGCGUGAGCAUGGAAUAUGAAGUACAAGAUCCAGAUCAUAAGUCAUUAGAAGAAGAUGGAACUAUAAUAACGCUAUGAAAUUACAUUGUGUAUUUUGUAUUAAGUAAGGAUGCCAUACGUGUUUUAAUUUGGCUUAAUGUGUAAUACAUAUUAUACCUCUCCAUCUACCGAGCACUGCAGUUAGAUUAAAAGGAGGGAAAAAAGUAAAUACAAGAAGUUCAAAAUUAUGUAAGUUGACUAACUUCAGUUAAUUCUGCACUUCAAUGUAAAUACUUCACAAAGAUGGAAGAUAGUUGAUAAAUGACUGAAACUGGAUGAAGAAAAUGUAAACUGAAAAUGAAGGAUAGCUAAGAGAUGGCUGUGAGAUUUUUUUAAUGGUACUUUAUAAUUAUUUUUUUUAAUGCAGAAUACUACUGGUUCUAUAGAAGUAAACUUCCAUUAUCGUGUGAGGUUGACUAUCUAAUGUACUGUGGUUUCAUGUUCAUCUCAAGUGCUGCUCAUGUGCGAUGGAGCUGCUUUAGCCACUUCAUUCCUGUUCUGGACUGCUGUUUAGCCGGUAGAGCGUUUGUGUGGCUCUGUAUGAGGAAACUGAAAAAUAAGCAGAGGUUGGGUGGGAAGGGAUGUUCUUGGUUGGUCUAGUUGAGCAACAGGGAUGUAUGAUAGUGGUCAGCAACUGGACAACAGUCAGGAUUUGAAGGUGGGGCCUUCUGAAGUUGACUGUUCCUUUGUAAGUGAAUGUGCAACCACAGGCUCAUUAGUCAUGCACCUUUACUGUUUGUAAUGGCCAGGCAAGCUUACUUUUAAUGACUAUGAUUUUGAAAUUCAAAUGUGAAAGUCUUAACACUUAUGUAUUGAAGGCCUGUUCUCAUUUUUAGUUUGCAGUGUUUAAGGAUAUCAUUUGAUUUAGUUGCUAAUCCCAGUAAAUUUCAAAGAAAUCAAAUGUAAAAAUGCUACAGAAACAACAUAACAAUCUGUGUUAAAAUUGCAGUCCUAGUAGAAGCUGUAAAGAUUUUUACUAGGAAAGGUUUGUUGUAGUGGGUCUGAAUUAUGUAAAAAGUGAUGUUCUUCAAACCUAAGCAAGUUAGAACACCUUAAAUUAAAUCCCUGGGUUAAAAAAAAAAAAGGUUUAAAUCAGAAUGAGGCUAUGAUAGAACUUGCUUGAGCCAUGUGAUAUUAAAUUAUUCAUUAUAAUGAACUAAACUGUAAAUUAUGAUCUUUCUGUGUACCACUGACUGGGUGUUUUGAAUAUUACAAAGUUGCUAUAUGUAAAACAAAAUACUGAUGACAAGUCCUGAUACUGCAAGUGCAUAAGUAUGCCUGUAAUCAGCUGCAAACUUACUAGGAGAAUUGCAGGGAGAGGCUUCUGGCUUUUUCUUUCCCCUUCCCGGUAUCUCUUGCAUUACCCCUCUGUUCCUCAGUUCCCAGUCUGACCCUUCUCUGGAAACGUAAGCUGUGGCAGGAGAAUGAGAUGGGGACUAAUAGCACUGGGGAGAAGGUGGAUGGAGCUUCUCACCGGGGACCCAGCAGUCUCUGCCAAUCUCUAAGAAAGAAAUGGGAUGCUCCCAGUUCUGUACUGUGGUACUGUGCUGAUCAGAGCCAGUAGUCUACGUUCUUGGAAGCAUGUUCUGUCCUGUGGGGGGAUAUGAUGAAUGGGAAAGGAGACUAGCCUCUUUCUUUUCCCUCAGUCUGUCUUGCGGCAACAUCUACCUCUGGUAACUUUACUAAUGAGACUAACUGUAUGUUUAAUGUUAAGGCAUCUGUAAAAGUCUUUAUAGGAUAUCAGAGGCUAAAACUGUAUUUGUUUAAUAUUUUUGUAAUAACGUAAACAAAAUUGCUUCAGAAAUUACUGCUUUUUAAUUUUACUAAAUGCAAAAAUUAAAUUAAUCUCAUGAGCAUAAAAUUUAUGAGCAUGUGCUCUUAUGAGCAUAUUAUCUUAAUUCAUAUCUCAUGAGCAUUAAAUUCAUAUCUCGAGCCUUCAGUACCAUUGGAGUUCAAGUCUCGUGGAUGUCAAGAAAGGCUGUAUUCAUGCCCUUUUUGACUUACGGAGAGUUGGCAUAACAGACAAUGGCACUUUGCAAAUACAGGUUAGAGUUCUGCUUUGUUUUUAUUUAUGGUUUCUUCAGUAUGCAUGUGGAGAGGCCCUGGAAUCUUUUUCUGAUGUGAGCAAGAAUUUUGAAGUGUUUUACUGAUUUUGCUAAUGAUUAUUAAAAAUUAAGUAACUACAUCCACUUAAUAUGAAAUGAGGAAAAGAAACGUUCAUUCUGCAACAUGUAGAUUUUAAAUAGACAUGUUUUCUAUCAGUGCUGCUCUACGCUUCCUUUAUUUAAGGAAGAUUGUUUACUUUAAAAUGUCUUUUUUUCCUUUAUCAAAAGACUUUCCUUCCUGUAUGAAAUCAUCAGUGGAGGGCGACUUUCAUUUAUUAUGCUAGUUUGCACUUCUGUGCCUUUUAUUUACUUGAAUGUAUUGUGAAUAAUCAAAGGAAUAAAGGCACUUGGAUGAGAAGAGAAAUGAGGUCCACAGAUACAGAAGAUGAACUGGUAGUGCGCUUAAUACAGGUGUAAAGUUUCAUUCAGUGGAAAUACAUUAUGGGUCUAAUGUGGUACAUUAGUAUUUUGCAGCUUGGAUGAUAGCUUUGAGCUAUUAACUUACACAGGAGGGUUGAGUCUGAGAGUGUUAGUGUUGCAAGGUAACUUAUUGCUUAGGUACAAACACCCAAGGUUAGUGUGCUGCCAAACUGUGUUACCUAAUCUGUACUUAGAACAGAUGCAUGAAUAGUUUGAAUAUAAAUGCCAGUAUUAAGGACUUGUAGAAAUUUAACUAGGGUCCUACUCUAAAUUGCAUGAGAAUAUAUCUCUUAGGACCUUUCCUGCAAAGCGAUUAAAUGUGAGACAACGUUCUUUUUGACACAUCAUGUUUUGUUUUACAGAAAUGUGGUUACAUGUAGCAAAACCGAGCAUUUGGGACUUCAUAAAAACAUUAAAGAAUAAACCUAAAAAUGGGUUUUUAGAAGUAUGUAUUUACAGUUACAAUGACAGACUGCACAGCAUGUAAUUGCUUAAUGCUGCAGUUACCAUAAAGUUUCUAAAGUUCUUCCAUAUCUUACUAAUGCAUACACUGUUAAUUAUGAAAUAUUUUUAAAUUGUUACUUCACGAUGAUCAACGGUUGAUUAUGAGUGGCUAAACUUAAUUUUAUAGUUAAAUGGUACUGGGGUUCAGUAUAAGGGUUUUUAAAAUAUGCUGAUAUUGUUAGCCUUUCAUUCACUACCUCCUAAAUUUUUAACAUCUUUGCAGUUUUCUCCUUGGAAGAAAAUACUUAAAGGCUUGACUGUUUUAUAUAGAUUUUAUCUUUAGCUAAAAAAAACCCAGAAAAAUCCAAAAGUGAUAGUGAGGAUGCUACGCAUGAUUGACAAUAUUACGCUGCUAUUAAUGUAAUCUUUGUGUAUUAAGUAUCCUGUAUAUGUAAAUUGUAUUUUCAAUCCAGAUUUUAUAAAUUAAUUUAUAAAUAUCCAAAUUAUUUCAAAAUGGAAUGGAAAACUAAAAUUCCUUUGACUAGUGUUAACUGUUGUGACCAUGCACAGUGGGGGGACAAGUCAUUCCUUACUUGUGACUGGGAGACUUAAGUGCACCUUAAUAGGAAAAAAAGAACAAAUUCUUAAUAGAAUUAAGAUGCAUUUAUUUUGAAGUUCUGCUAUGGUACUGGAUAAGUCAAGCCUAACUGUGAAUCAUAUGUUUUUUCCACAACUGAAUUAAAUUUAGGACAAUGUUCUCACAAGCUGUCUUUAACAUACGUGUAUUUUUGUGAAUAUUAUGUAUUUUCUAAUUAAAUUUUACUUGCAAUGUGAUUUUUACAUGAAUGAACUUGUUUAAAAUGUCAAAUAUCAGUAUUUUUCUUACAACUUUAAUGUAUAAUGUACAUUGAUAUCUCACUGAAUGAAGAUUGAUUUUACAAAAUCAAGCUAGCUGUAGUUGUAUAUUAGUCUUAUAUUUUUACA